CGUAUCUGAUUCAAACGCGACCUAAUAUCCAGGUUGCAUUUAUCCCACCUGAAUGUCACUGAUACUUGCCAAACGUCAUUAUUCUGCAUCCUGAUACACAAGCGGGAAGACUAACAACAAACAUGGCGGCCUAUGAGGAUUAAGUUGUUAAUAUGCUGCAGAUGUAGGUUGGGAGAAGACUGAGAACGCAGGCAUUAUUGCGCCCUCUGCUGGGCAAUUGGGACACUUCCAGUAAGGUAGCGCUCCUUUAUGUCCUGAUCAUUAUGAGUGGACGAUUGGCCCAAAGCCUGAAACCCCGCCGGAGCAUUUCCUUCUCAGAUGUUAAGCUGAAGCUGUUUAAGGAGCCUGACUUUAAUGGUUUGAGCUCCCUGCUGGUGAGAGAAGACAUCGGUCUGCUCUUCAUCGGAGCCAGAGGAAAAGUCAUCACGCUCCGUUUGGAUGACAUCGCUGAAAAGACCGGCGAGAUUGAAUGGAGAGUGACCUCUGGAGAAAAAUCUGCAUGCGUGUUAAAAGGCAAGAGCAAAGAGGACUGUGAAAAUUACAUCACGACACUGCACACUCUGAAUGACAGCAGAAUCUUCACGUGUGGAACCCGGGCAUUCAAACCUCUGUGCACACACCUGUUGUUCAAAGGAGGAAAAGUCAGCAUGGAAACCACAACUUCAGAGGGCAGGGGGAGAGCACCCUUUGACCCCCAUGAAGACUUUGUCUCCCUGAUGAAUGAAAACACAUUAUAUGCGGCUGGUUCUGUAGACUUCAUGGGAAGACAGGCUUUCCUGAGAACCGGACGCAAUUACCUCUAUACUGAAGAUAAAAUAUCUUGGUUCAAUGACCCCAUCAUGAUUUCCAUAAACGUUGCUGAAACCAGCAAAAGUUCAGAAAACAGAGAGGAUGACAAUUUAUUCGUGUUCUUUACUGAGAUUGCCGUGGAGGAACGACGCAGCAACCUCCGUUUGUCGAGAGUUGCACGAUUGUGUAAAGGUGACUUGGGAGGCUUUGUAGUUUCGGAGAAAAAGUGGACUUCUUUCCUGAAAGCCCGUUUAGACUGCCCGUUUGGAGAGAAAGGUUCAAUAUCUCUGUUGCAGAGUGUCUUUCUUGUCAAUGAUGAAAAUAAUGUGACAGAGAGCCUCUUCUAUGCAACAUUCACCCUAAGUCCGCCAUUCAACUCUACAUCCAGUUCAUGCAGUCAGUCUGCUGUCUGUGCCUACAAGCUAUCAGACAUCCAGCAAGUUUACAGGGGGAAUCUUCUGGAAGAGAUAAUUUCUGGAGGUUGGGUGAAGGACUUAGGAAAAGAGAGCUACACCUACCCUCGUUCAUGUAUUAAUGAUGAAAUGCGAGCCAAGAAUGUGAAGACCUCUCUCGACAUCCCAGAUUCAACCCUUGUAUUUGCAAAAAACCACCCUCUGAUGGAGGGAGGAGUGAUGCCGAUCACUGGGAGGCCCCUGCUGGUCCAGUCUACGGCCCAGUUCUCUAAAAUUGUUGUUGACAAAGUAACAUCUCUGGAUGGACAGCAUUACAACGUCAUGUUUAUUAGCAACAACUCUGGUUGGCUGCAGAAGGCGGUGUGGUCUGGUGAUGAUGGAGGGCGAAUCAUUGAGGAGUUGCAGCUGUUUCAGGAUCCUCAGCCCAUUCGCUUCCUUCAGCUCUCCUCUAGAAGUGGUCAGCUGUACAGUGCAACUAGAACUGCUGUUGCUCAGCUCAGUGUGAGGGACUGCAGCCGCUACACAUCCUGUGCCGACUGCCUUACAGCCAGAGAUCCAUACUGUGGCUGGGACCGUCUCAGAGGCCUGUGUGCUGCUGUUGCUGGUGCUUCAAACCUCUCCAUGAUCCAGAACCUCACUGAUGGUGAUGUUGGAAUCUGCCCAAACUCUCAUUUGUCAAAGAAGAUUAUCGACAUCCACCUCACAGUUGACGUGGCACAGUUCCUCCCCUGCUCCCCUGACACCAAUCUCCCCAUCAGCUGGAGCUUCUCUGGUAACAUCCUUGAGCCCGGUCCCCGACACAUUCUGCUCAGCCAGGGACUCGUUUUAACACCUUCCUUCACUGAUGAAGGCCUUUACACCUGUGAGACAGUGGAAGUAGUUAAAGGAAGAAAGCACAGGAUGGCCGUGAUCCGGUACCAUGUAAAGCUUACAAAGGAGAGAAAGGAGAGGGAGGUAAACGGGUCUCAGGGUACAAUUACCUACAUUUUAGCUUCUGUUUGUGUGCUGUUUGGAAUGAUCAUCAUCUACGCAUGCUGGAAGCAGAAAAGAGAAAAACAUGUUGGCAGCAGCAGUGAGAGUUAUGCUAACACUAGCUAACCACAGUCAAAGCCUGGGUCUUGCAAGUGAGAGUUCUGGUCCUAAGAACCACAACCAGAGUCCUGGUCCUGGUACUAAGGUAAUUAAUCCAACUUGGGUGGAAACGAGGGCAAAAUCUCCUGUUUAAAACAGAUUUAUAGUUGGAUAACCAAACAACCUACUUCUGUUACACUUUGUACAUCACUGCUAUCAACUCUGUAAAAAUAA